GGGUAUCAAGCCCAGUUACAGCAGAACCUGAUGUACCUAGCAAGAAUUGCUGAUGCACAACCACAAGGAACCACAAUGCCUUCUCAAAUGCCCCAGCAACAGCAGCAGCAGCCUGCAAUAAAGCAAGAGCAGUACAUGCAGCCAUCUCAAGUUGCUAUGCUUCAACAACCAAUGUUCUUCAAUCAGAAGCUCCCUUUCCAAAUGAAUGAUCAGCAGGAGCAACAGCUGCCUCCACAUCUCCAACAGCAACAUUUCCUCCAAGGACAAAUGAGACCGAGUGCCACUGAUGGAGAUUCUGAUGCAUGAAACCAGCUGGUGCUCACUGCCUUGAAUGUUUAUAGUUUAAGGACUUAAUGGAGAACUAGUACAACUACACCCAUCUAACUUCUUUUUCUUUUAUGCAGGCUGUCUAGUUAAUAUCUC